AUGGAAGCACUCAAAGCACGAUUCCCCGACUUGGCCUUCUGCCCCCCUCGGAAACCAACUGGGUUUAAUCCCGCUACAAUUCACUUCCCUAUUGGCCACGUCGAAGCGGAAGGGCGGCGCCCCUUCACCGUGGAGUCUGUCUUCGCCAGGGACGUGGAAGUACUAAUGCGUGACGGCAUCAACAUCUACUCUGAUGCGUUUCGGCCCGCGAGCUCAAGUGAUCCGGGUGGCCAGGUUCCUGUGAUUAUAGCAUCGAGCCCUUAUGGAAAAGAUAGUAGUAUACUUUUCAUCUCACACAUUCAUGCGGAUUACAAACAGCUCAUUGAUACAGAGGGCCACUCAUACGAUUACCUGGGACCGUUCCGCUGUGGUCUCAAGCAAGAUCAAACUUCCGGGAACGAAAGGUUCGAGGCUCCUGAUCCAGUCGAUUGGUGUGCUAGAGGCUAUGCCGUCAUCAACCCUGACGCUCGAGGCGCUAGGUUCUCUAAAGGAGAUAUCGCCCAGUAG